AAUAUCACGUGAGUUCUCGCAUCUACUGUACACUCACCAAUCGUUCGAUCUAGAGCGCAGUCGGAGCGAGAGAAGGAAAUGGCCAAUCGUACAAAAGCACAGCGACAGCUGGAAGAGUUCUCCCAACAACAAAGCAAGCCUUCCGAGAUGACAACGAGCGAGGGAAUUCCCGUCGACGACAAACUGAAUGUCAUCACCGUCGGCGCCCGUGGCCCGCUCCUCAUGCAAGAUCACGUUUUCAUCGACGAGAUGGCGCAUUUUGAUAGAGAAAGAGUGCCAGAGAGAGUCGUGCACGCCAAGGGAGCGGGGGCGUUCGGCUACUUUGAAGUGACGCACGACAUCACCCGGUAUUGCAAAGCUAAGGUGUUCGAGAAAGUUGGCAAACGGACGCCACUUGCUGUGAGAUUCAGUACUGUGGGUGGAGAGUCUGGGAGUGCCGACACUGUUCGAGACCCAAGAGGAUUUGCUGUCAAAUUAUACACGGACGACGGAAUUUGGGAUCUGGUUGGUAACAACACGCCGAUCUUUUUUAUCCGUGACCCGAUGCUUUUCCCAAACUUCAUCCACACACAGAAGCGUAACCCGGUGACUCAUCUGAAGGAUGCUGACAUGUUCUGGGAUUUUAUCUCAUUGCGGCCAGAAACAACCCAUCAAGUCUCCUUUCUUUUCAGUGAUCGUGGCAUUCCCGAUGGAUAUCGACACAUGAAUGGUUAUGGUAGUCACACAUUCAAAAUGGUCAACGCGAAAGGUUCACCAAUCUACUGCAAGUUUCAUUACAAAACUGAUCUCGGUAUCAAGAACUUGCCUGUUGACAGAGCAGCUCAACUUGCAGGGUCAGAUCCAGAUUACGGCAUCAGGGAUCUCUACAAUGCUAUUGCUGAAGGACGUUUUCCUUCCUGGACUCUCUACAUACAAGUGAUGACAUUUGAGCAGGCUGAGCAUUUCCCAUUCAAUCCAUUUGAUCUGACGAAAAUAUGGCCGCAUAGUGAUUUUCCUCUAAUUCCAGUCGGGAAAUUUGUCUUGGAUCGUAACCCAACUAACUAUUUUGCUGAAGUGGAGCAGAUCGGUUUCUCUCCAGCCAACAUGGUGCCUGGAAUCGAACCGUCUCCAGACAAGAUGCUUCAAGGUCGUUUGUUUUCCUAUGAUGACACUCAUCGUCAUCGCAUCGGUCCCAACUUUUCACAGCUUCUGGUGAAUCAGAGCAAAAGCCAUGUGGCCAAUUAUCAACGAGAUGGUCCCAUGUGUUACGAUGGCAAUCAACACGGUGCACCCAACUACUACCCUAACAGCUUCAGUGGUCCGCAAGAUAAUCGAAAAUAUGCCCAAUCCAGAUAUUCAGUCAGUGGUGAUGUCGCACGCUACAAUUCAGCCGACGAGGACAACUUCACUCAAGUGGGUGAUUAUUGGAGGAAAGUGUUGAGCGAGAAAGAGAAACAGCGUCUCGUUGAGAAUAUUGCUGGUCACUUGAAGGAUGCCUUAGAGUUCAUACAGAGGCGUGCUGUGAGCAAUUUUAGUCAAGCUGAUCCUGAAUACGGACGUCGCAUAAGCGAGUUGCUAGAAGAGUACAGGAGAGAAGGUAAAGCACCUUCAUCUCUGUAGAGACAAUGAUGGCAAUAUCAGACUUUUGUGACCAAACCUGUUCACAGCUUUUUGUUUAAUUUCACAUUUGCUUUUCAAAUAUGUGCAAUUUUUGUCCUUGGCAAUCUUGUUGUGACAUAUAUGUAUCAGUUAUUACAUGGGUAGCUGGUGUUUAUGGCAUUUAUUGAGGGGACCUCACGGGAUUAUCAACGAGAUAAUUGACCCAGCCAGAGGCCAGGUUCUAUUAUGAAGGCGAUAAGCCCUAAGUCUGAG